AAAGAGAACAAGAAUGACGAGAGGAGGUUCUCAAUAAGCACCGGAACCAAGAAGAGGCUGCACCUUAGGGCUGAGAGCAGGGAUGACCGAGAAGUUUGGGUGCAAGCCAUUAUGGCCGUUAAGGAAAUGUACCCUCGUCUCUCCAACAAAGAGAUCAUGGCCCCUGUUGCCUCCGUCGCCGACUCUACUAGCAAGCUUCGCCAACGCCUUCUUGAGGAAGGCGUCAGCGAAGCCGCCAUUCGAGACUGCGAGGAUAUUAUGGGAGCUGAAGUCUUGUACUUGCGGAAGCAAAUUGUUGCUCUCAAGCAUAAGCAGUUGAUGCUAAUGGACACACUCCGCCAUCUUGAGACAGAGAAGGUUGACCUGGAGAACACACUUGUUGACGACAUAAAAUCAAAGGAUAAUGAUCCCUCCUAUCAUUCUUCUCAUGAAAAAUAUAGUGAUGGAAGUGUGAGUGAUUCUUCAGAUGAGCAUGAUAGACAUGAAGAUCAAUUUGAUGAUGAACAUAAUGAUGCAUUCUUUGACACACAAGAUUUUCUUUCUAUAAGCCAUGACUCUGAGGAAGAAGAAGAAGAAGAUGAGGACUAUGAUGAAAAUACUCCAAAUGAAAGUGAAAAAUCUUCAAGAAGACUUAGUUGUGUUGGAUUGUACAAGUAUCCAAAAGUGAAGAGGAGAACAAAGUUGCCAGAACCAGUUGAGAAGGAAAGUGGAGUGAGUCUAUGGUCAAUAAUAAAAGAAAACAUAGGAAAAGAUCUUACAAAAGUGUGUCUUCCUGUUUACUUCAAUGAACCACUCUCAUCAUUGCAAAAGUGUUGUGAAGAUAUGGAGUACUCUUACCUUCUAGACCGAGCAUCUGAAUGGGGUAAAAUGGGUGAUAGUUUGAUGAGGGCACUCCAUGUAGCAGCAUUUGCAGUUUCAGGGUAUGCAAGCACCAGUGGUAGAAGUUGCAAACCUUUUAACCCAUUGUUGGGUGAGACUUAUGAGGCUGAUUUUCCAGACAAAGGUUUUCGCUUUAUCUCUGAGAAGGUCAGUCAUCACCCCAUGACUGUUGCAUGCCAUUGUGAUGGCAAUGGCUGGAAAUUUUGGGGUGACAGCACCUUAAAAAGCAAACUUUGGAAUUUGAUGAUGGAGAAAUCUUUCAAUGGAGCAAAGUAUAUCAAGUUUUAAUUAUGUCAUAUAUUCUUAGAGUUAAAUCUCAAAUUCGUCCCUGAAAGAUACCUCGAUCUCUAUAUUAGUCCCCGAAAGAUACCCAAGUUAAUCACGUUUGUCCUUCUGUCAAUUCUCUUAGUGACCUGGCUAACGUCUACUGAUGUGUUUCGU